AUGACAACAGUAACCGUAACCACAGAGGUUCCCCCAAGGGGUAAAAUAGAAGAUAAUUCUGCCUUGUAUGAGUCCACAUCAGCUCAGAUUAUUGAAGAGACUGAAUAUGUGAAAAAGAUCCGAACUACUUUGGAAAAGAUCCGAAAUCAAAUUUUUAAAGACGAAGUAGGACGUAACAGCACAAAUCACAGACUAGAAACAAAGCGCUGCCCAAACAUUCACAGCGGCUCUGGUUCUGAAAUGGAUCCCUCGUAUUGCAGUUUGCAUCUGCUCGUGGAAAGGAUGAAAGGAAAAGACCUGAAGCUCUUAGAAAUGAACAAAGAGAAUGAAGUCUUGAAAAUCAAGCUGGAAGCUUCCAGAGAAGCAGGAGCGGCGGCUCUGAGAAACGUGGCACAGAGGUUAUUUGAAAUCUACCAAACACAGUCGGAAGAAGUUAGAAAGAAACAUGAGGAUGAUAAACACUUCCUCAAGGUUAACAAACUUGAAAAGGAACAACAACUGAAACAACAUGUUGGAAAUCUGAAUCAAGUUGCUGAAAAGCUUGAAGAAAAACAUAAUCAAAUCACAGAGUUGGAGAACCUUGUACAGAGGAUGGAAAAGGAAAAGAGAACACUGCUAGAAAAAAAACUGUCUUUGGAAAACAAGCUGCUGCAACUCCAAUCCAACGCUACAUAUGCUAAAAGUUGCCACGAUCUUCAAAUGGAAAUUGCCCUUCUGCAGGAGCAGACCUCUCAUCUACAGUUUGUGAUUCAUUCCCAACAUCAGAACCUGCGCAGCGUCAUCCAGGAGAUGGAAGGAUUAAAAACUAAUUUGAAAGAACAAGAUAAAAGGAUUGAAAAUCUGAAAGAAAAAGUUAACAUACUUGAAGCCCAGAAUAAAGAACUAAAAACCAAGGUGGCACUUUGGUCUGAAACUCCUAGAACAACAGUAUCCAAGGGUGUCUCUACAAGUGAAUUGAAGACUGAAGGCACUACGCCCUAUCUGAUGUUGAUCAGGCUCCAGAAAUGA